AUGAUCGAGGGGAGCAAUGACGAAGAACGAGGACGUAUAAUCGCGCCUCCAUUGACCCCUAUCGGGGACGAUGAGGAUGACGGUCCUGAUGUGCAUAUACUCGGCGUCGAGGCCGAAGACGAAGAGCUGAACAAUGUGACGACUUUUCGUCUGCCGAUCUGGCUCAGAGAGUCGUCUGCCACUUUUCGCUGGCGCUGGGUUCCGUUGCCAUUAAGGAAAGCAGGGCGUGCAACAGCUACCUGGGUUCAAGGCCCUGACCCACCUCACGAUCUGCUAUUUCGGCCUUUCUUUCCAAAGUUACAGGAGCUCCCAGUACAGCUACUUGAGCGUUAUGCACCUACAAGACCACGCAAGAUUCUGGCGCUGCUUUUCGCCUACUUUUUUUGGUUCCUUACUUGGUUUCUCAUCUUACUCAAGUCCCACUCGUCGGGCAAUAUCGAGGGCUACGGGCUGCCGCAGUCCAUCUCAUGUGCUGCUAGCUACUGGUCGUCUGGAAACAGUUGCGGCUUAAAUGGCAACGAUUGUCGCCCUUUCAAAGCCUCGCCUUUUGCUUUCCGUUGUCCAGCAAACUGCAAAUCCCUCAUUCUCCUCGACGAACGUACCGUCGGCAAUCAAACCCUCAACUACCAACCCCUUGUUAUCGGUGGGCCUCAGCCUGACUCUUCUGACCUCGGCGUAUACCGUGCAGAUAGCCACAUUUGCCAAGCUGCAAUACAUGCAGGUGUUGCUACUGAUGCGGCCGGCGGCUGUGGCGUGGUGAAGCUGAACGGGGCCGCGCACUCGUUCCUAGCAUCUACGCGCAACGGUUUCACAUCUACGGAAUUUGCAUCGACAUUUCCCAAGUCAUUUGGCUUCAUCCCACUUUCUGCGUCUCAGGCUACCUGUCCCUCUGAUCCACGAUGGCCCCUGCUCGGAAUCACUACGACGGCCGUCGUCUUAAUCUCUAUAUUUACAACAUCACCCGCGGUGUUUUACUUCAGCACCUUUGGUAUACUUAUCACCCAUGUAGGCGUGGUAUCCGAUCCACCAAAUCUGCCGACGCUCACAGAUUUAUUCUCAAUCCUACUAUCGCGUGUCCUUCCGGCAUCAUUCAUAGCGUACGUGCUAUAUCUCUAUGCAGUUCGUUUGCUGCUGAGACACUUAUCUACUCCUGCAUAUCAACUGGAGAGAACCAUUUUAUACCUUACACCUGCAUUCAUUGGGGCUCUAAACAACUAUACAUUUGCUCUUUGGAUUCCCCUUCAACGACUCACCCCACACGACCUACAAAACCAGCCUGGUGCCAAACUUGCACUUGGGAUAGUGAUCACAAUCAUUAUCACCAUUGUGGUUACACAAGCAUGGCUCAUCCGUCAAGCGGGCUUAAUGCCACGCUAUCUCAAAGUUUAUAUCUCCUUCGUAGCUCUUCUCCUCUUCUUGAUGGCUCUGCCUGGACUCCGUCUCCGAAUACACCACUACAUCCUUGCAAUGCUGCUCAUGCCAGGCACAAUCAUCCCAACACGCGCAUCGUUGAUCUACCAAGGCCUACUCCUCGGUCUCUUCAUCAACGGAGUCGCCCGUUGGGGAUUCGCGUCUAUCGUCGAAACACCAGCAGCCCUGGGUGAAGACCCGACAACACCAGGUGGAUGGUGGGGUGCGUCAUACCCAAACAUCACCAACACAUCCGUCUCUAUCCACCUGGACACUCCCUCCUUCCCACCAAUCUGGCAACAAACUCAAUACCCUGGCAACGGCAACAUCACAUUCAAUCUCUGGGAGCACGAGCGAAUGGAGCAUCUUGGCGUUGACGGGAUCAGCGUGCUAGUCAAUGACGUUGAGCGCUGGCGUGGAUAUCUUGACGAGAACCGCAAGGGGAAAUUCACCUGGCGCCGCCACGGUAAAGCAGGAUUAGAGCUUGUCAACGCCGACCUCAACACGGAUGAUGUUGACAACAACGCUUCUUUCACGUCACUCGAUAACACAAACAGCGACGAAAACCACGACGCACCGCAGGAUCUUUUCUUCCGCUUUGCGUUCAUGAAAGGCGCUUCGACGGGCCAUUACGGUGGAGCUGGCGUCUGGCUGAAGGACGGAAGAUGGAUCAGUCCUGAGCCGCAGAAGAAGCCCGAUCCAUGA